AUAUUUCACGGGUGCAGUCGUCUUUGAAAGAACAAGUAAACUGGGUUUGUUUGUGCAGGAUCAUGGCUGAAGCAAUUGGCCUUGUGGCAAGUGUCUUGCAAUUGGCAGGGACGGGUUUGAAGCUUUCACAGGCUUUGUAUCAGUAUGCCGACAGUGUGGCGACAGCUGACCGUAGGAUCAAGGAUGUUGCGAAAGAGAUCAAGCUUACCAGCUUCGUCAUUGAGGAAUUGGGCGGCAUUUUUAAGCAAGACGAUACCUUGAGCUUGAUUUCGAAGAGUGCUAUUGCGACAGCAAACGAGACUCUCGACGAAUGUUCUAGAAUGUUUGGAGAAAUUGAAGCGACUUUGAAUAAGAGCAAAAAGGGAAAGAUAGGUCGACUAAUACUACCAUUCCGGGAACCCAAGAUUGAGCUGCUGCGAAGCCACAUCGACAAACUCAAGAGCACGCUGCAACUUCUAAUGCAGGUGCUUAUGCAUGCAUAUCAGGUAUCUUCAAAAAAGCUUGACCGCGAAGCCGAGGCUAGACAACGAGAGGAGAUUCGACAGUUACUGGAAAACAAAAAAAACACCACCAAGAGAUAUGAGGAGUCGUUGCAAAGAUUCAAGACGAGCAAUAGUAACACUGAACUUGAGGAUGAUGAGGUCUCCUUUGAUGACAGUAGAUCUGUUUCAACUUUGGUCGCCAAAUCGAUCGGCUCUACGAUGACUCCUGAUUCUCUUGCAGAGUGCGCUCAGCAUGUCCGAAUACUCUUGGAAAGCAUCGAACGACUGCAACAAGCUCUGGCAAGUACAUCUGAAGGCGAUGACCAUUCAGACGAUCAUCAGAUGGCCAUUGGAUCUUACUUUGCUGCUCGCUCCCAUCUAGAUAGCGUCCUGCUUGGUAGCUCGAACACGGGAAAUAAAAACGUGAUGCUAAAAACGGAAAAGCAUAUCAAUGUAGAGGCUCUAAUCCCAAGAUACAAACCCAAAAGUUCCAUAUUGGGAAAAGAGAAGAAAGAAUCCAUUGUUGUAAUUGAGACAGGUGCAGGGGAUAAAGUUGAGGCUGUGAAGCAGGAGAAAAACCCAGUACGACUGCAAGGAACAAAGAGGCAGAAUGAGGACAUAGCCUACGUGAAAACACCAAAGAGACAAGGUCAAUCUGUUCCAGCUACACUUUUUGGCAGCAGUAAACCGCAUGCUAAAGAAGACGAUCAUUUACGCUACGGAACUAAUCCAUUUUCAUGUUUGCCAGACCAUCGGAGGCAGACCCAGACGUUUAGUUUUGGAUCAGCUUCGGGUUAUUCCUAUCACUAUUCCACGUCACAGAAACCUUCAGAAAAAGUGGAGAUAUGUGUGCCCGUACCUCGCUCGCCGGCAUAUGCGCCGCCCCUUUCCUCGCCAGCAUAUGCACCAGCUCUUUCGUCACCAGCACAGGUGCCAGUACACCUCCCGCUACCCCCAGUAUCUGAAUCUGCGCCUGCACCUGCAUUUGAGUUUGAGCAACGAGAUUAUGAGCUCGAAGUUGAUAUCAAAGAGAUGGAUCGUGCGGGGCCAGAAAUAGCGAGCUCGCCAUCGGAAACGGCGUCUCGAGGAAAUGAUGAGGUAGACGAUUUACUCAAAGAAUGGACCACAUGUUUUGCAUAGAAGAAAAAAAGGACAUAGGAAAACUUGCAGUUUCGAAAUCAUCUCGACCAUUUCACUACUCUAGCCUACGAAACAAGCGUUCUGUGGAACAAUAUUCCUCUCACAAAACAAAAAUACUCCGUGUCCAACGCCCAUCCCCACACAUAGAAAACAAAGGAAACUAGAACAGAAGACCAUCCCUACCUCUCCCGACCUUAAUCUCCUUCCCUACAUCUCC